AUGUCCUUCUCCUUCGAAUGGCCUCGCUUCUCAGACCAGUUCCACACAGAUGCAAUACACAUGCUCAACAAUGCCCUCAACAAGGGCAACAAACCUCCAGUCAUAGCAGACAAGAUCGAGGUCGUCGAGCUCGAGAUGGGUACAGUCCCCCCAGAACUCGAAAUUCGCGACAUCGGCGACCUCACCGUCGACCACUUCCGCGGCAUAUUUCGCCUCACGUAUGCCGGCGACGCACAUAUCGUCCUCAAGACAAAAGUUCAGGCAAACCCCCUCAAUCACAAACAGCCCGACAUCCACAACCUCGCCGGCUCCCGUGGCAUGCUCGCCGCCAAAGAGCCGCUCGUCGUCCCCAUGCUCCUCCGCCUCUCCCACUUCAAGCUCAACUCCUACGUCGUCCUCGUCGUCUCCCGCCAAAAGGGCAUCACCCUCGUCUUCAAGACAGACCCGCUCCAGAACGUCGACAUCAACUCCACCUUUGACUCCAUCGCCGUCAUACAAAAGUUCAUCCAGCGCGAGAUCGAGGGCCAGCUCCGCCAGAUGUUCCGCGAGGACCUGCCGGGCAUUAUACACAGACUGUCGCAGCAGUGGAUCAAGGCCAAG